AUGAAUAUGAUAAAUAGGCAAUUGGCCCAGCUGGCGAAUUCCAUGGGUGAAUUGCAAGGCAAUUCAGGGAAACUCCCGUCUAUAGUUCAUGUGCCUGAAAAGGCAAACGUGAGCAAGAAAACUAGUGGAGAGCCUAGUGGGACAAAGUUACUGAGAGACGUUGCCUCGGAAGAAGAGCUCAACAAACCUCUGCCUCAGAUACAAGAUCCGUUUUUCUUGGAUGAAACACUAUUGGCAAAGGAUGAAACCAAAGGCGUACUGCCCAAGGAAGACCCUCCUAAAGAAACAGAACCCAUGAAAGAAACUCCAGCCCAGAAUGUGCCCAAGAGAGACUCCGGAAAGGCUGGGGAAGAACCGAAAUCAGAAUUUAUUGGAGCCGCAGGGGCUCAACUACCAGCCAGUACAGAGGAACUUUCAGAUGGUGAGUUAGAAAAGGAGGGGGAUACUGCAAGGAGCCUUCUACCCACAGACACACUUCCCCCACAAGUUGAGUUGAAGAAACUACCAGCAAACCUGAAGUAUGCUUUCCUCGGGGAGAAAGACUCAUACCCGGUGAUUAUCAGCAGCAGCCUUACGAAAGAGCAUCACAUCAAGCUAGAAGAGGGAGCAAAAGCACAUCGAGACUCGCAAAGGAAGGUGAACCCUAAAAUGUGGGAGGAGAUAUUGAAGGAAAUCUUGAAGUUGCUGUCGUUGAGAAUUAUCUUUUCGGUGCCCGAUAGCGAGUGGGCUCAAAGGAAUUAUGACACCACUAAGAAGGAGAUGUUGGCCGUGGUGUAUUCAUUCGAGAAGUUUUGGCAGUACUUGUUAGGAUCCAAGAUGUUGGCUGAGAAUCUUCUCAAGUUUCAUCUGCGUCCCUAUGCGAAUAUGGGGCUCGACAGAUCAAGUAUACCGAAACUAACAUCUCAUUCCGAGAUCAUUCAAGAGCUAUUGUCAGAAAUUCCGGAGGCUAGAGACGCCUCCAAGAAUGUGACCCGUUUAUUGUCGGGUUGCGCUAGUGUGACCGAGGAACCAUGGUUGCUCGAAGAUGUUGUCCCUAGCUGUCUCGAAUAUAUAACCAGAGAAGAUAUGGAGAUUGUUCUUCUUGGUACCGGUUCUUCGCAACCCUCAAAGUAUCGAAACGUUAGUUCGAUUUUCAUCAAUUUAUUUUCCAAAGGAAGCAUACUCUUAGACUGUGGUGAAGGAAGCUUGGGACAGCUAAAGAGAAGAUUCGGAGUCCAAGGUGCGGAUGAAGCUAUAAAAGGUUUCAAAUGCAUCUGGAUUUCGCACAUCCACGCUGAUCACCACACGGGCCUUGCAAGUAUCCUUGCUCGACGACAUGAUCUGUUGAAGGGAUCACCACACGAGCCCACCCUUGUCGUUGGCCCGUAUCAGCUAAAUUGGUUUUUGAGCGCCUACCAAAAGCUCGAGGAUCUGGACUUGCGGUUUCUCGACUGCUCUCAUACAACUGAAGAUGCAUUGGAGGCUUUUGAUUCAAACGAAGGGAACCCUAGCAAGGGCGUCGAUUCAUCUCUGUGCAAGAUUCUCGGAGAACUUGGAUUGGAAGCGCUGGUGAGCUUCUCUGUCAUUCAUUGUCCUGGAGCUUAUGGCGUCGUGCUGCAGGCUGCGAGCAGGAUCAACAGUGCCGGUAAAACCAUUCCCGGGUGGAAAGUCGUCUACUCAGGUGACACCAGACCUUGCCCGAAACUUGUUUGGGCUGCCCGCCGCGCGACCGUGCUCAUUCACGAGGCGACCUUCGAAGACGGGAUGAUGGAUGAGGCGGUGUCUAAGAAACACAGCACGACGAUUGAGGCAGUGGAAAUAGGGAAUUCUGCGGGCACGUAUAGGAUCAUACUGACUCAUUUCAGCCAGAGAUACUCGAAGAUCCCGGUGUUCAAUGAAGCGCAUAUGCACAAAACGUGCGUCGCGUUUGACAUGAUGAGUGUCAACUUAGCGGAUGUUCAUGCACUGCCAAGAGUGCUGCCAUAUCUCAAAGUCUUGUUUAGAGAUGAAAUAACUAUUGCUGAUGACUCUGAAGAUGUGUAA